AGCAUUUUAAGCGCCAUUUUUCAUUGUUACCUGAGAUUUUUAUCCAACGAUCAAUUAUCGGGUCUGAAUCCGCGAAAUUUCAAGCUAUUUCAACUUAAAACAGACAAUACUCAACCGCGCGUCCAGAGGUUUUGUCCAAAAACGCCUCCGCCAGUUUUAUUUACCUUCCCAGUUUAAGUCGUUCCCAAAAGAUGGCGCAGGCGUUGCUAUGUUAACAUUAUUUACACCGGCGAACGGCGAGGGCGCGCAACCAACCAAUAACGUCUUCAAUUUGAAAUUUUUACGUUUGCGACGGUUGAGAACUUGUCGGGUCUUGUAUUUUCAGCGAGUUUUGUUGUUAUUGAUUGUCGUGCUGAUGUGCUAACUCUUUCCCUGAAAAAUUGAUACCGUUUAAUGCGAGUAAUACAGUAAUUUCCGACUAAAAUCAGCAUGGAGAUUGACCAAUUUGACAACUACGAUGCCCCGCAGUUUUUCGAUUUCUCAAAGGACGUUGUGCCCGAGGACUGCGACAGAUUUUUUGACGUUGAUCACGAAAGGGUGUCGCCAAAGAGGGCCUCAAGCUUGCCACCAAAGACACCUGCCAAGACGCGUCUAUCUCAAGUAACUUCACCUGCUUGCCUGGAAAACAAGGAAAACUGCACCCCACCAUCCAAGAGGAGACGCUCAUCUAGUGUUCCUCCAUCUGGCAAGAACAAUGCUCAAAGAGGCGUUUUAUCGGACAUCAGCUACACCACUUCCCUUCAUGCUUCUGGUAAAAAGUCCCAAGUGACCUAUCUUAGCAAUGGUCGUUCGGUCAUUGUUCAAAAAUAUGAUGGGAUCCAGAUCAUGACUCCCAACAAAACUCACCCAAUGGAGACUCGACUGGAUCUAGCGAUUAAGAGUCCUGCUCUUUCGCUUAGAAACCGCAGUAUUUGCAAGGGUGCAAACACAAAUAAUGUUGAUACAGAAACAAGCCAAGAGAAGACUGAAGAGGCUGGGCCAAGUGGUUCUGAGCUAAUGGAGGUAGACUCUGAAAAUGAACAAGUAGAGUCUUCCAGUUCUGGUGUCGACUCAGGCUCAUCAAUGCCAGAAGUGAAUAAACAACCUGUGAUUACCAAAGGACGUUCCGUGGUUGUAUUACCUUCUCAACUACCUUCCAACAGUACCAACAAACCUGCUUUGGCAUACAUAAACAAGCCUGCUCCAUCUGCAACUAUCUCUAAGCCUGCUCCAUCUCUGAACUCAAAUAAGCCUGCUAUAGCUGCAAACAAGCCAAUGAGGAUCCGCCACAAUGCUCCUAUGGUUGCCCAGCACAAUGUCGUGCUUAAGCCCCUUCCUAAAGUUGGCAACAAGCCUGGUGUGCUGGACGGGAAGUUCCAUGCUACUGCUGAGCUUGUCCAAAAGUUCCACAAAGCUACACCAGAUCGUUUUCACUCUGUGCCAGCUAAUGCGAAGCCUCAACCAAGAAAACCACCUAGUCCGGCUAGCCAAAAAGGAAACACCAUUCCUAAGUCUCCAUACUUGGCGUGCAAGACUAGAGUCCGCAAUGAGUACAUUCCUUCCCAAGUUGACAAGGAGAAAGCAGAGUUAGAGGAGAUAAAAAUGCACCAGAUCAAGGCCAAGCCUGUUCCGCGCCAGAUUCUUGUGCCUCCUGCUCAGAAAGAUAUUGCUGUGGCCAAGAUACCUGCAACCAAGCCUUCACCUUUUAAACUGUCUGAAGGAAAACGCAAAAUGCCAACUCCAGAGCCAGUUUACCGCUUCAAAGCCAAUCCAGUGCCUCGCAGAAUGUUGCAGUCUCCACAAGGUGUCCCGGAGAAGAAAAAUAUACCCUUGACUGAACCUCAUACUCCUGCCCUGUCUUUAAAUGCCAAGUACCCAAAACGACCUAAAUUGGAAGGGAUUGAUUUGAAGAAAAUUGGUCACAAUGGAGUACCCAUAGUGAAACAAAUGACUCCCCAUAAGCUCACACAAGUGCAGCCUUUCAGCUUCGAGGAGCGCAACAAAGAAAUUCAGCUGAAAAGGAUGGAACUUAUGCAAAAACACAUUGAAGAAGAAAAACAAGCCCGAGAAUUUAAGGCUGGAAAGAAGCCAAAUUUUGGACUUGCUCCUGUUUUGCCUGAGAAGAAGCCUGUCUCUGUUACUGUGCCACACACCCCAAAGCUUUCCACUUAUACCUUGGGAGCUAAGAACCAACAAAAGUUCUAUGAAAAGAUGGCUGAGGAAGAGCAAAAACUAUUAGAGGCUGUGCAAUUCAAGGCACGUCCUGCGAUUGUGACACAGGUUGAACCCUUUCGUCCUCAGCUCCCACACAGAGUGAUCACAGAUAUCACUUCAAUUGUUGAUUUGCAACUGAACACUGAAAAACGAGCUGCUGAAAGGGCCAAGUUUGAUGAAAUACUAAGAGCUAAUGAGCAGGACAGGGAGGAACAGAGGCGCUUGUUUGAGCUUAUGAAAGAGGAAGAAUUACGCAAGGAAGAAAUGAGACUCCGAAAAGAAGCAGAGUUCCGAGCCAACCCUAUACGGAAGGGAACACCCAUGAGAGUCAGACCUUCUGAUAAACCACUGACAGACCCUCAGAGCCCUAACUUCAUGGUGAAUGAGAGGCUUGCUAAAAAUUGAAAUCUUUUAACCACUUUGAUACUUUGUUGGGCUAAGGUGAUUUUGCCUUUGUGGUAAAAUUUUGCUUGGCAUUCUCCAAUUGUUGCUGAUACAUUCGACAGUCCUGUGCCCUAUGUAAGAUUUUUCUUAAUGGAAAAUGAAUUUUAAUGUAGUUGAGGACUUAAAUGAUUAUUCUUGUAACACUUCUAUAUUUUGUCCACUUUUAUUGCUUGUAUUAAUCCAUUUUGUAGCAAAAUAUUUUAUACCAUUGUAAACAAAUUUCCAAAAUCUGCUUAAGCAAUGCUAUUAAGUAGUUAUUAUAUUAAGAGCUUGAAUUAAUCCUACCUAGCUAAUCAUAUAAUAAUGUGUAUAAUAUGGUAUGGAUAUUUUAUAUAUUUUGAAAACCAAUUAAACAUUAAAAUAUGUACCA